AUGGAGAUCAAGAACGAUACCGUAAAGAUUAAAACAGAGCCGGACAAGCAAGAGCGGAGGAAAAGGAAGAAGAAGUUGGAAAUAGCUUGUGUUUAUUGUCGGCGUUCGCAUAUGAUAUGUGAUGAAUCGAGGCCCUGUCAACGAUGUAUCAAAAGAGGAAUCGGGCACUUGUGUUAUGACGAACCUUCUAAUUCGAGACAAAGGAAGAAAGCAGCUUCAUUGAGAAAAACUGAGACGCCACCGGAACAACCACCACAUUCAAUCCCCGCUCCUGUUGCUGCUCCUCCCGUGCCUGCUGCAACUAGUCAGGAACCAGCUCCCUUACCUCCUCCAAUACAGGUAAACCCUGGUCAGCAAAAAACGUUGAAGAAUUCGGUUCUAUCUCAAACUUUAGCAUAUAACCAAGAGCCAUUAUUCUACUCGGAACAUGCAGGUAGUGAAUUCAGCUCUUUGAAUGAUUUCCUAUCCAUCAUCGAUGAUCCAGAAUUGGUCAAUGGUGCAUUAAACGAUGACCCCAAUCAUGCGUUUUGGGGUAACACCAUGGCAUUUUCUCCAAAUAAUUUAUUUAACCAAACAUUUCCUGAGGAGGUUGUUCAACAGCCUGCUCCCGAAGAAAGUGCUCCACAAUCACCACGAGAAGCCCAGCCAGUCAUUUCAGACUCUGCCAGAGAUAAGUUUUUUCUUACCGCGGCAGAUCCAACUACCGAGAUUUCCCCUGAAGAAAGAUUGAAGCAGGUGAUUAAAGCAAAACUAGAAGCUGGCCUUUUACAGCCUUACAACUAUGCCAAAGGAUAUGCGAGGUUGCAGCGAUAUAUGGAUAAUUAUAUGAAUAUCUCAAGUCGUCAAAGAAUAUUAAAACCGUUGUCAAUUUUCCGGCCCGCGUUUCGUGCUAUUGCAAGAACAUUAAAGGAUGUUGACUUGGUGUUAGUUGAAGAAAGCUUUGAAAGAAUGUUGUUGGAUUAUGAUCGGGUAUUUACGUCCAUGGCAAUACCUGCCUGUUUGUGGAGGAGGACUGGAGAAAUAUAUCGUGGUAACAAAGAAUUUGCUUCGUUGGUGGGUGUCACCACAGAUGACUUGAAAGAUGGAAAGUUGGCCAUCUACGAAUUAAUGAGCGAAGAGAGUGCAGUGAACUUUUGGGAAAAGUAUGGUGCUAUUGCUUUUGAUAAAGGACAAAAGGCAGUUUUGACAAGCUGCAAUUUAAGGACAAAAGAUGGUAUUAAGAGGAAAAGUUGUUGCUUCAGUUUUACUAUAAGGAGAGAUAGGUAUAACAUCCCAAGUUGUAUUGUGGGAAAUUUCAUACCAAUAGAUCCCUAG